AAAUAAUUAAUGUCCUCAACAGUUUUGUAUGAUUUUGUAGCUCUUGGUGCUAUUUUCCCUAAUAUAAUAACGAAUGCCUAAUUUUCAGAACUUUGAACAAGUAACACCUAUUGAGGUUUGAUAUAGGUGUACAUAUUUAAAGAAUUUGUUAAAAAACAUUUAACUUUCUUGAAGAUAUAUUGAGUAUAUGAUUGAUCAUCUAUACGAGCAAAAUGGGGAUUGUAUCAUCUGUAUUCGUCGCUAUGACAUUUUGUACCGAAAGAAUCUUGACAUGGAUUUGCUGCGCUUUUGUGCUAAUAGCGAUUAUAUUCGCACUUCUCAUGCUGAUGGUGUAUGGCAUCUCAGUAGGCUAUCACUACGCACAGAAAGAACUAACAGAUUUUGCUUACUACGCGAGAGCCGAACCGUGGGAGCAAUACGGACUGCGAUCCGGGCAGAACCAAAACGAAGAAGCACUCGGAGCCACCAACCUACCUAGCGAAGAAGAAGCUACCGGUUUUUCACGUCCAGUACUUGCAGCUUACCAGUCCCUAGCUCCUGAACAGCGGGAUUACAGGCCACCACUAGAAACGCCAGUCGUCCUUAUAGCAACUGAAAGGUCUCGGAAAGAUCAUGAGGUGGCAGCUCAUAGACGUGAGUUGGCGCGUAAAGUCAUUGGUCGUUUCCGUCGCUCCCACUAUAAUAAAACGAGUCAGUCACGAAAUUUUACUAACGCUUUGAAGUAUUCAAACAGCACCUUACCACAGAAUAUGACCUUACCACGUGACAAAAGAAUGGCAUUUAUAUGAAAUACCCGAACCUUGCAUUGUAAAGUAAUUUACAUUGGGAUAUGAGGAUACUUAACUAAAAUACUAGUACCUACGAAAAUGCCUGCAUAGUAUAGGUACAUAAUCUUAGGUAGGUAUCCACAUACCUACAUAAGUAUCCAUUCAUAUCUUAAGGUACACAUUAUACCUGUAUAGUUCUCCGAUAACUAAUGUAUAUUUUUAGAUUCU